AUGGCUUUCACAACUCUUGAUGAAUUAGACGUGGGUGUCGUGAAGACAUUCCAACCCAGCGAGGCCGUGUUAGUCGGCUUUUAUCUAUACCACAAGUUAUUCACGGACUCAAACUCAAGCAAUCACAUUCAGGCCUUCCCUGAAAUAUGCAUAUAUGGCGAAACAGGGUUACCACCUUGGGAGAUAUGGAGACUGUAUCAGCAUGCCAAGUUUCCUCACCAAGAGUUUAUCUACUUCUUCUCCCAUGCUCAGAAGGUGAACCCUAACAAGAUACGUAAGUCCCGCAAAGUUGGCUCCGAUGGCGGCACUUGGAGCGAGACGGAAACCGCGAAGCCGGUGUAUGUUUCUGGGAUUGAAGAAGAGUAUGGGAAAGUGAGGAAAUUCAGAUACGAGGCGAAGGACACUGCGUUUGAGCACCAUGGUGCUUGGUUAAUGGAUGAAUAUACCAUCAACCGAGCACCGGACUUGGCAUUGUGCCGUCUCAAGGUGAAUGAUAAAGGAGGAGAAAGAGGAAGAAAGAAUAAGAGGAAGUUUGUUGCAGAUGAGAAUGGUGAGAGUUUGAAAAGCAAAGGGUCUUCCAAUCGCCGGAAACUAGAACCGAGAAGAUCAUCGGAGCAAGUGUGUGAAGAAAGCACUGCCUCCUUUACUACUAGUGCUACUUCUCAGCCAGUGCUUUCUCCCUAUCAUUCUCAUGAAGAUGAGAGCAAUUACAACCAACAUGAUAAUGUAAAGUUCCCUCCCACUGCCAUGUUCGACGAGAAUGUCAAGUUGAAUGAAGCUCAGCUGAUGGCUUCUGGAGUUCAAGUAGCAACUAGUGAGCAACAAGAAUAUAAACAAGAGCAACAACAAGAUCAAGCCUCUAGCUCUAACCCUCAUGAGCAGCAGCUUCUUGAUGAUAUCGAUUUCGAUCUGAUGAGGGCCAUCGACUUUGAAAUUCCACUCGACGAACUCAGUGGAUACUUUACCAAUGAUGAAGAUCAGCUGAGCUCUCUGCCGUGGUAG